CCAGCCCGCCAGCCCCUGUUUUUUCUUCCUUUUCUUGUUUUUUCCCUUCUUGGGCAGAGCGAAAAUGGCCUAAACAUUCCUUUUCCUCCUCCGCAAGCCGAGACGAGGCGCCCAGUAAUGCUUCGUCUUGACCUCGCCUCCUGAUCGCCUUGCUUUGUUCUUCUGCGUCAGGACCCUGUCGGGACCGAGACGUGCGUCCCCACGUUUCUCCUCUCGUCUUUUCCUCUGUUUAUCAAUCAGGGGUAUCGGAUUCUUGAUUCGGAGAUUGAAAAAGGGAAGAGCUUUUGGGUCUUUUCUUGGGAAGUCCAAGAAUACGGUUUCUGGGUUCCUGAUAUUUUCCCCCUGAGGACUGGGUUUUUUUUUUUGUUUUUUGGCUUGAUAGAGGUCGGGUCUCGUUAAAAGCUGAAGAAGCUCGCGGAAAAAGAUAUUCUUUCAGGGUUUUGGUCAUCUUCGCGUGUGUCUGUAAUGUUUAGAUGAAUUUGGGAAGUGGGACUUUGGUGAAUUUGAUUUAGCUCUCGAAAAAAAAAAAGAGGCUUCUGCUUUGUGCUGUUGUCGGUACCGUUUGUUGCAAAUCAAUGGGAAAGCCCGCGGCGAAGAAGAAGCAGCCUGUUGCGCCGAAAUUUAGCGAUGCUCAUGGCAAGGCGGGCAAGCCCUCCGACCGCAACUCCAAAGCCUUUGAUGAAGACACUGCGGUGUUCAUCACCAUGUCUCAGGAGCUCAAGGAAGAAGGUAACAAGCUCUAUCAGAAAAGGGAUCAUGAAGGUGCCAUGUUGAAGUACGAAAAGGCCCUUAAACUUUUGCCAAACAAUCAUAUUGACGUCGCUUACCUGCGCAGCAAUAUGGCCGCUUGCUACAUGCAGUUGGGGAUCGGCGAAUAUCCGCGAGCAAUCAAUGAAUGUAAUUUAGCAUUAGAAGUGUCCCCUAAGUAUAGUAAAGCGCUCUUGAAGCGCGCGAAAUGCUAUGAGGUGUUGAAUAGGUUGGAUUUGGCUCUGAGAGACGUUAAUAAUGUCCUGAGUAUGGAGCCAAAUAAUUUAAAUGCGCUGGAACUUGUGGAGAAGGUGAAAAAGGCCAUCAGUGAUAAAGGUAUCCAGAUUGAGGACAAAGAAGUUGUCUUGGAGAGUACUGAAUCCCCUAGUGCGUUGCCAGUGCGCAAAUUGGCAAAAGAGAAGUCGAUUUCGGAAGAUAAUUCUAGGGACACUAUACUUUCACAGAUUAAAACAGCAUAUGACUGGGCACAAAAGGAAUAUAUCAAGGCAGGACUGAGGUAUGAGGAAGCUCUGAAAAUCAAACCUGAUUUCUACGAAGGUCUGCUUGCACUUGGGCAGCAGCAAUUUGAGCAGGCAAAGCUCUGCUGGUAUUAUGCGAUUGGGAACAAUAUUGACUUGGAGACUGCUUCCUCUGAUGUCCUAAUGCUCUAUAACAAAGCUGAAGAUAGCAUGGAGAGAGGAAUGCAGAUGUAUGAGGAGAUGGAGGAGCAACGUCUCAACGGAAUCUCUAGAGAAGAGAAAGAUAAAGCUCAGCUCCAGAAGAUGGGACUUGAUGCUUUAUUGAAAGAGGCGUCUCUGGAGGAAGCUGCUGAACACACUGCCAAUAUGAAGUCACAGAUAUACCUUUUGUGGGGCACCUUACUUUAUGAGCGUUCCGUUGUAGAGUACAGGCUAGAGUUACCAACCUGGGAAGAAUGUGUGGAGGUUGCUGUGGAAAAAUUUGAACUUGCUGGAGCGUCUCCUACAGAUAUAGCAGUCAUGAUUAAGAACCAUUGCUCAAAUGAAACUGCUCUGGAAGGGUUCAAAAUCGAUGAGAUUGUCCAGGCAUGGAAUGAGAUGUAUGAUGCUAAGAGAUGGCAGAUUGGGGUUCCGUCUUUCCGUUUAGAGCCAUUGUUCCGCCGGCAGGUUCCAAAGCUUCAUUCAAUCCUAGAGCACCUCUGAAGUUGUGUUUGAUGGGAACUUCUCCUUGAGAAUGCGGUGCUCAAUUUGGAUUCUCAUUUUCUAGAUUUCGCAUUACUUCUGGUGAAGAUAGGUACUUUUUCAUGCAUUUUUCUUGUGCAUAGCUCGUUGUUUGCUAAGGGUGCAAAGGACGGAAGUCAGUCCCAUGCCAUUUCGGAGGGACUCUGAGUUUUAGAGAUUGCUGUAAAGCUGGAUACAUUUUUGUGUGCAUCGCGGAGGUUGGAUUGCAUAUAGCAUAUUUUAUUCAUAGUUAAGAUAGUGGGUCAUGGGUAUUUGAUUUGAUUUCAUUCGAUUUAUUCUCAAGGAAAAUAAUGGGAAAUUAUUUUGGGUCACAUCACCAUUUGCAAUGGUGUGUGUGGUUUGCUUUAGACUGUGGUUGUUUCAGCUGUAAAACUUUCAUGGUUUCAAAGAUAGCAGACUUUUAUUCUUCUUUACAUGUCAUUUUUCAUGCUUCACUGCCU